GCGCGCCCCGGGGAGGUCCUAUUUCAGGUAGUAACUGCUACCUCUCGACAUCCCCUUCCGUACCCAGGGGACCGGAUCCCCCUCCCAGCCCUCCAUUCCCAGGGCCCGGACACCCCGGGUCCCCGCCUCCCGGAUGCAGGCGUCCUGGACCUGCACCACGAGGACCUCCCGCAAACCUCCGCCGCCUGGGCGCACUCAACCCCGGAGCCCAGCCUCGCGUCCCAGCUGAGAAACACCUGUAUUCCGAACUCCUGGGGCCGCCCGCUCUAGGUUUCGGGCAUCUGGCAUAACCGGGAAGAGCAGAGGAGCCCCGCGCUCCGCCUGGGGAAAUUAGGCACUCCAGCUUCCCAGAGCCAAGGAUCCUCGCGCUGUGAGCUCAAAACUCGAAGGGGCCCUUCAAAGUUCCAGCCUCGGAGCGCUGUUACUCGACUCCCAGCCCUAAGGAACGCGGGCGUCCAGCUAAGGAGCCCAGGCGCUCCCAGCUUCCAGGGACUAAAGAACACCAGUGCGUCCCAGCAUGGUGGCCGAUCCUCCUCGUGGGGACUCCAAGGGGUUCGCCGCUGCGGAGCCCACCGCGAACCAUGGCCGGACGCCGAUCCCUAUGGGGGACCAAGGCGCGGCAGCAGGCGGCUGCUGCCGCUCUCGGGACAAGGUGCGCGGCUGCCUUCGAGCCAACCUGCUGGUGCUGCUGACGGUGGUGGCCGUGGUGGCCGGCGUGGCGCUGGGGCUGGCGGUGUCGGGGGCCGGCGGCGCGCAAGCCCUGGGCCAGGAGCGCCUGAGCGCCUUCGCCUUCCCGGGCGAGCUGCUGCUGCGCCUGCUGAAGAUGAUCAUCUUGCCGCUCGUGGUGUGCAGCCUGGUCGGCGGCGCCGCCAGCCUGGACCCCAGCGCGCUCGGCCGCCUGGGCGCCUGGGCGCUGCUCUUCUUCCUGGUCACCACUCUGCUGGCGUCGGCGCUCGGAGUGGGCUUGGCGCUGGUGCUGAAGCCCGGCGCCGCCUUCGCCAUCAACGCCUCGGUCGGGGCCACGGGCGCUGCAGACCAGCCCCCCAGCAAGGAAGUGCUCGAUUCGUUCUUGGAUCUUGUGAGAAAUAUCUUCCCUUCCAACCUGGUGUCUGCAGCCUUCCGCUCAUAUGCUACCUACUACAGAACCUCACAGAUGAAUGGAACCACGGUGAAGGUGCCCGUCGGGGGCGAGGUGGAGGGCAUGAACAUCCUGGGCUUGGUGGUGUUUGCCAUCGUCUUUGGCGUGGCCCUGAGGAAGCUGGGGCCAGACGGGGAGCUGCUCAUCCGCUUCUUCAACUCCUUCAAUGAUGCCACCAUGGUGCUGGUCUCCUGGAUCAUGUGGUAUGCGCCUGUGGGCAUCCUCUUCCUGGUGGCCAGCAAGAUCGUGGAGAUUGAUGACGUGGGGUUGCUCUUCGCCAGCCUGGGCAAGUACAUCCUGUGCUGCCUGCUGGGCCACGCCAUCCACGGGCUCCUGGUGCUGCCCCUCAUCUACUUCAUCUUCACCCGCAAAAACCCCUACCGCUUCCUGUGGGGCAUCAUCACGCCACUGGCGACCGCCUUUGGGACCUCCUCCAGCUCCGCCACGCUGCCGCUGAUGAUGAAGUGCGUGGAGGAGAAUAACGGCGUGGCCAAGCACAUCAGCCGCUUCAUCCUGCCCAUCGGCGCCACCGUCAACAUGGACGGCGCGGCGCUCUUCCAGUGUGUGGCCGCGGUGUUCAUUGCCCAGCUCAACCGGCAGCCCCUGGACUUCGUGAAGAUUAUCACCAUCCUGGUCACUGCCACGGCAUCCAGCGUGGGGGCGGCGGGCAUCCCCGCCGGAGGUGUCCUCACUCUGGCCAUCAUCCUUGAAGCAGUCAGCCUCCCCGUCGUGGAUAUCUCCCUGAUCCUGGCAGUGGACUGGCUAGUGGACCGGUCCUGCACUGUCCUCAAUGUGGAAGGUGAUGCUUUGGGGGCAGGACUCCUCCAAAGUUAUGUGGAUCGCACGGAGUCCAGGAGCCCGGUGCCCGAGUUGGUCCCGGUGAAGAGUGAGGUGCCUCUGAGUCCGAUGCUGGCCCCCACUGAGGAAGGGGACCCCCUCCUCACACACUAUCGGGGGCCCAUUGGGGAUGCCGCCACGUCUGAAAAGGAAUCAGUCAUGUGAGCCCCAGGAGGGACCUGCCCUGCCCUGAUGGAGACACAUCAUGAGGAAUGGCCAAAUGGACAAACUAGGGCUCUGGGGGCUGCCACGCUCCGGGGAGCCAGAGGCCCCGGUCCCCUCC